UCUCCUUGGCCAACCAAAGAGUUUGUAAAAUUGUUGCCUCAAAGCAUUUUUCCCGUAAUCUACAUCCAACAUCCAAAAUUCAAGUAAACACGAAUCCCCGGUGUUUGUAAAUGUUGUUCGAGUAUUUAAACUUUUCGUCGUUAAAUAAUUGCAUUUUUAUUGUUUUAUAAAUUCUUUUAAUGUCCACCAGUAUUUAAAAAAAAUUGAACUAGAUCAUAAAAAAUAAAGUGCAUAUACAAUGGAUUUUAAUAUGGUUAUCAAACAGGAAUUAAAUGAUAUUAAGAUGGAGCCUAUGGAGGACUUUCCAGAUGUCGGAAUUCCUAAUUCUUCUGACUAUGACGAGGGCGUAAUAACAAAUAUUAAAAAUGAUGAUUUGAUGGAAAAUACAAUAAUGGAGCAGAUAUAUCCACAUAAAAAUCAUCAAUCUGAAAGUGAAACAGAAGAUACAUAUGAUGAAUGUUAUUCAUGUUUUAUGUGCAAUGUAUCAUACAAUACACAGUUUGACCUAGAUGCACAUUUGCGUACUCACAUUGAUGAUGAGACUUUUCAUCAUAGUAAUAUUAACAGUAUAAGUGAACCUUUACCUCAAUCUUCAAUAAAGCCAUCAAAAUACUUCAGAUGCAAUGAAUGUCUAAAAAUUUGUAAAAGUCAACUGUCAUACAAUGAACACAUGUUAACCCAUACAGGAGAAAAACCACAUCAUUGUCGGGUAUGUGAUCGUAAAUUUCGUCAUAUAGCAAAUUUUCGAACGCAUUUAAAAAGUCAUAACAAUGUGAGAACAUUGAUUUGUUCUCUGUGUCGAAAAACUAUUGUUGGCGAAAAAAAUUACUAUAUACAUUAUAUGGAUGUACAUAAUAAAAUGUCUAUCCGUAAUCCUCGACCUUAUCAAUCUAGUUCAUCUGACAGUGAUGAAGAUUUUAAUCCCAAAGUUUCAUACUAUAAAAAGAAAAAACUUAAUUCACGAAAGUUUAGAAAAGAUAGUGAACCAUUUGGCCCUUUAUUUGCUAAAAAAGCAUGGGAAAAAAAACAACAAGAAUUGGAAAAUGUUAAUUUAGAUGUCGAAGAAGAAAAAAGUGAAAGAGAUGCUGUUCAGGAAGCUAUUGAAAGUUCAAGACAAGAUAUACAAAAUAUGCUUAGAAAAAGAAAACAACAACUAACCGAUUAUAAUACUGAAGAGUACCAAAAGCUUCUAGAAACUUUAAUACUAGAAAAAAAUUCUACUGGUCAAAUUAAUGAAGCUAAAUUCAUUGGUCCAUUGUUUUGGAAAAAUGCUUUAGUCAAGGCUGGUCUUGUAGAAGAAGAUGUACUUCCUAUGCAAUUUCAAAGUCAGCUAAGAGUUAUUGAAUGUAUGUCUUGUAGAAAAUGUUUUGCAAGGUUACCAAGAUCUAAUGAAGGUCAUAUUUUGCCAUCUAAACCACCAUGCUCUAGCUGCUUUAUGAUUAAAAAUGAAUCUACAUUAAACAAACAUAAAGCUGAAAAUCAUAAUGAAACUCCACCAUACAUUUGCAAAGAAUGUUUAUUGGAAUCAGACACAUGGUAUAAGUAUGUCCAGCACAUGAAAAUGCAUUUAAGAUGUGGAACAAAAUGUAGUGAGUGUGUAUAUAAUAUGAUGAAUAAACCAGAUACUGUAAUAUUCUUGUGUGAUGUAUGUGAAAUGUCUUUUGACACUGAUGAUGAACUUAAAGUACAUGUACAAACACAUUUAGAAAAUGGACAAAAUAAUGAUAGAUAGUAAUUCUCUACAUUUUAUAAUGAGCUAUGUAAAUAUUAUUAAUAAUAUAUCUAUUUUAUAUUCUUAAUAAUAGCAGUUAAAAAUGUAGUAAAUGUAACUAUUACAAAAUAGUUACAAUAGUAGCUGUUUGUACUCGUAACCAAUAUGUAUAUUAUAAUUUUUUUAAUAACUAUCAAUUAAAAAUUUAUACAAAUAAGUAUAAUAUAUAUAAAUAUAUGUAUUACUCCUUAAAAAAAAGAAGAUUAAUUUGUGUUAUUUAAAGUGUAAAAACCACAGACUUGUAAUUGAUAUAGAAUAUCUAUUCUUAAUAUACAUAAUAUAUAUAAACAAUUUUUAUUCAUAAGUAAAAUGCCCAAGACUAUAAGAAGUAAAUAAUAUUAUUUUAAAUGGUAAAUAAAAUUAUCUUAAGAGGACGUUAUACCUGCAUGUGUUGUCUCUGUCUUACCUACAUACAUCAUAGCAAAUUUGCGUUCAGUAUAUUUUGUGAUGUUAGCUUUAAUAUUAGAGUAAAUUUACUUGUUAUCAAAUUUAAAGGUAAGAAUAUUAUCUAGGAAAUGUCAUGCUUUUAUUGAUAUUAUCAUUUUAAAGUGAGUUAUGAACAUUUUAAAGUUGUAAUAUUUUACAUAGUUAUAACUCACUUUAAAAUAAUAAUAUCAAUAAAAGCUUAUGAAAUUUCCUAGAUAAUAUUCUUACCUUUAAAUUUGAUAAUAUGUUAAUUGACUCUAAUAUUAAAGCUAACAUCACAAAAUGUGUUCUGCUGAACGCAAAUUUGCUGUGAUAUACGUUAGUAAGACAGACACCACAUGUGGGUAUAAUGUCCUAUUAACUUAAGAUUCGUGUUAUAAUAACCUUAUAUAAUGAACAUUUUAAAAUUUCUAUUAAAUGAUUAAAAACAUAUUUUUUGAUAUUUUAUACAUUUUUGUUCGGGUGAAUGAUCAUUAAUCAACUCAAAAUGUGUGUUUUUAUAUUAAUUAUUUACUAUUAUUUUUAAUUAUGAUAAUAUUACAAUGAUAUUUUUACUGUUUUUAGUCAAGUUAAAUGCUAAUACUUUAAUUUCAUAUUGUACAAUAUAGUUUUAAUAUUGUAUUGGUAGGCACACAAAAUCAAACGCCAGUUAAAAUGUUUAAUAACUAACACGAAAUAUGUUAUAGUUAUAUGAUAUUGUGUAAUUAAUAAUUAUUACAAAUUAUACAAUAAUUUUAUCAUUGUAUAGAACUAUUCAUUAUUGGUACAAACAAAUUUUUAUUAUUUAUAGUUAAUAUGAUUGUUAAGUUAUUUUUAUUUAUCUUGAUGUGAGAGCAUUUGAUAAUUUAUAUAUGUAUUGUAUAAAUGAUGUGUUUACAUUAUGUUAACUUUGUGUUAGAUACCUUUUGUAUUCCGAUUAAAUACACAUUAAAUAUGUGAUUUAACUGUU